AUGAUCUGUGAUUGGUUGAAUCCCCAGACGCAGAUGCAGUCAGUGUCAAAGUAUACUUGGAUUUUCAACUGCAUGGAGAUCCACACAGGUUUACAGCAUCAGAUUAUCUGGCCCUGCCAGCCCAGCUGCGUUCCUCUGGAUGAAAAACUCCUGCCCCAGCUUCUAAAAGAAGCAGGCUACACCACCCAUAUGGUCGGAAAAUGGCACCUGGGAAUGUACCGGAAAGAAUGUCUUCCAACCCGCCGAGGGUUUGAUACCUACUUUGGAUAUCUCCUAGGUAGUGAAGAUUACUAUUCCCAUGAGCGCUGUACGUUAAUCAAUGCUCUGAAUGUCACACGAUGUGCUCUUGAUUUUCGAGAUGGUGAAGAGGUUGCAACUGGAUACAAAAAUAUGUAUUCAACAAACGUAUUUACUGAAAGGGCUACAGCCCUCAUAACUAACCAUCCACCAGAGAAGCCUCUCUUUCUCUACCUUGCUCUCCAGUCUGUCCACGAGCCCCUUCAGGUCCCCGAGGAAUACCUGAAGCCCUACGACUUUAUCCAAGAUAAGAAUAGGCAUUACUAUGCAGGAAUGGUGUCCCUUAUGGACGAAGCGGUGGGAAAUGUCACUGCAGCCUUAAAAAGCCACGGGCUUUGGAACAACACGGUGUUCAUCUUCUCCACAGAUAACGGAGGGCAGACUUUGGCGGGGGGCAAUAACUGGCCCCUGCGAGGAAGAAAGUGGAGCCUGUGGGAAGGAGGCGUGCGCGGUGUGGGCUUCGUGGCCAGCCCCUUGCUGAAACGGAAGGGCGUGAAGAACCGGGAGCUCAUCCACAUUUCCGACUGGCUGCCCACCCUGGUGAGGCUGGCCGGGGGCAGCACCGAGGGCACCAAGCCCCUGGAUGGCUUCGAUGUGUGGAAAACCAUCAGUGAAGGAAGCCCGUCCCCCAGAAUGGAGCUGCUGCAUAAUAUCGACCCAAACUUUGUAGACGUUUCGCCGUGUCCUGGGAACAGCAUGGCUCCAGCAAAGGAUGGUUCUUCUCUUCCAGAGCAUUCAGCCUUCAACACAUCUGUCCAUGCUGCAAUUAGACACAGGAACUGGAAACUCCUCACGGGCUACCCAGGCUGUGGUUACUGGUUUCCUCCACCGUCUCUAUACAAUGUUUCUGAGAUAUCCUCACCGGACCCACCGACCAAGACCUUCUGGCUCUUUGAUAUUGAUCAGGACCCCGAGGAAAGGCACGACCUGUCAAGGGAAUACCCACACAUCGUCAGGCAGCUCCUCUCCCGCCUGCAGUUCUACCAGAAACACUCAGUGCCUGUGUACUUCCCGGCGCAAGAUCCCCGCUGUGACCCCAAGGCCACUGGGGCUUGGGGCCCUUGGAUGUAGGAUUCCAGGCAGCCCGACGGGGGGUGGGGUGGGCAGUGGUGGCUAGAUAUUCCUUCUGUUGCAGGUUGGACUUCAGGCCUUUACUGUGUGACUUGUCUCAUCUGUUCUCUCAUCUUGGGCUCACCUGGCCCUUGUCUGGCUCCUAAACCACAUGUAGGUGUCUCACUUCAACCCCUAGUACAUUUGAGAAGCUGAUAAAAUCUGAACACUUCUGCUUUUGGCUGGGGCAUGUGUCCAGAGGAGGAGAGGGUGACUGGGUUCAUCCUCUUUCUCCUGAACUGUGGGACCGCUGGGAAGUCGAAUUGCAAUAGGAAGUUCUCGAGUCCUGGAGGCCGGAGCAGCUGGCUCUUUUCGCCUCACAAGUCAUAUGUUGGAUACCCCUCUGCCGAUAGCUGGGUUUUAUUAGAGUGACUCAUGUUUCUUGUAACAAAUGAAAGGAACAGACAGUUGUUAAUGGCUCUGCUGGCCAGAGGUUCUCCCUGGCUGGGAGAGAUCGUGUUCGGGCAUUCCAUGCGAAGAACUCGCCUUGGUUCGCCCCUCGCUCACGCAUCUCACCACUCACCUCGUCCCUCAUCCCGUCAUAGAGCAUAAGGCUCGUUUUGUUGUUGAGACCGGCGUGGCAAUAUGCCUGCUCCUUGUUUUCACUUUUACAAUAGAGGAAUGUGUUUUUACCCCCAGGUUUUUUCCCAGCCAUUGCUCAUUUUGUCUGGACUGCCUGCAAGCCCCAACCCCCUUUGUGGUUGUUUUUCUACCCUUUCUUCUGACCCGGGAGUCCCAUGCCUGGGAAGGCAGCUUUGCUUCUCCACUUUGGGCACCACUGGUUUCUGGAACUCUGCUGAGGCCUGCCUUCCGUUUGCCCCUGACACUGAAGCUAGAGCGCUGCCCAGAGAGGGAGGUGCGUCUGGCUCUGUGAGCACCCUCUCGGCGGACGCCCAGAGGGCUGGGUGGGCAGGGCUUGGUCUGUGUCAUCAGUUUGCUGGCAUUUUUCCUCAUUUCAUGGAGUUUAUUCUCAUGAUCGUGGCUGUCUCAUUAGAUAUCCAGUUGCACUGUUGUUACCUCGCAGUGAGGAGAAACCUGGGGAAGGGAUAACCUUGUCCUGAGAUGAUGGAAGUGGGCAGUUUGAAAAAGAAAAUGGCCAGCAUCUGGGAUCCUGGGCCUUGGUAUUGCAGAAGAGGCGCAUCCACGUUUCUCACAUUCUCUCAGCUUGACUGCUUGUGCUGAGGUUCUGAGGCUGGGGAAACAGGAUGCACAGUUUGACCUGCUGGCUCUUUCUCAGUCCCACCAGUGUCCUAACAAGGACCAGUCCAAAUUAGCGCCAGAGAGUGUCAAACUCAGAGAUAUAUGUCCAAAAAUUAUCUUCUUUUUUACAUUAGCUCCACAGCUUCAUUCACUGCUGAUCACCAGUGCCUGGCACACAGAGGGCACUGAAUACACUUUAAAAAACAAUGAAUGAGUGAAUGAAUGAAUGAACAAAUGAGUCAAUGAGAAAGUCUCACACCAUGAAAGGUGCCAGGCCAGUGAGCUGCAUGUGGGGCUGAAUAUAAAUAUCUUCCAUCCAUGGCUUUUCUGUUCUCAAGCUGCCCAUCUGAGGCAGGAGCCCAGUUUGCAUAUCUGGGCAGUCUGGGACAUGCCAUGGUCAAGUUGUAACAUCCUCUGUUUCCUCCCCUCUGGAGGGAGAUAUGCCUUCUAAUAGUACCCUUUUGCCAAUAAUCCUCAGUUCUGUUCUUCAGAGGACACUAGAAACUAAAACCACCAAGUAAUGAGAUAGAGGUAACAGUACAGCCAUCCUUCAGUUCAGGAGCAAUAAUCUCUGGUGACGACUAACUUGUGUUAAAAUACAACGAAUGGAAGGAAAUGGUGCUAGAACUAAUGACACCUGUUACUAACCUGUCCUCGGCUCCUAGGUUGGCAUACAGCUGGCCAAAAUGCUAUUACCUCUCACUCCCAAGCCUGUGGCUAUGAACUAACUGAGCCCAGAUGUUCCUUCUGGAUCCGUCUAACCCCGGAGCCGCAGGUACCACUAAUACUGUAAGAUUGGAAGCCAUCACUACAUGACACCUGUUUGCUCCCUCUGCUGUUCUCCCAGCAGCCGUUCCCAAUUCUCGUUCCUUGACUGCUGUGUACAUAUGUGGAUGUUCUGCACUCCAUGACUCUAAAAGGAAUUUUAAAGACUGAUUUUUUGGUAAACCUUUGAUUGGAGAUUUUGUAUUAGCUGUAAGAGAAUGCAUCUCAUUAGAUUUUCUUAUUCUGUACAAGAAUGUGAACAGAUUCAUAUGUUGUCAUUAGAAGUAUGAAUGGUGUUUCUUUCUGAAUUUGUUUACCUUUAAAGAAGGGUUUUAUUUUAUUGUUUUUCUUUGUCACUUCAUGACUAUUCCAGAUUUGGGGGGCAAAAAAUAAUCUUUUAAAGUGCAUCGGCUGUGAGUAUGGGGUUUGCAUGUGGGAGGUGAAAAUGUUCUGGAAGUAGCAAGUGGUGAUGGUUGCACAACAUCAUGAACACACUUAAUGCCUCUGAAUUGUACACUUUAAAAUGAUUAGAAUGGUGAAAUCGAUCAAUUUUCAGUUAUGUAGAUUUUACCACAGUUUUUACAUGUGGCCCAUUUUAUGGUAUGUGAAUUACAACUCAGUAAAGCUAUUAGAUAAAUAAAUACAGCAAACAGUAUCAGCGGUAAAACAUACGUGUCGGUCAUUGCCCCCCAAAUACAGACUGUAACAUAGGAUAUUGGAAGAAGCUCAAGAGAGGGUAGGAGUAAAUAUAAAGUGACAGUAAGGGAGUGUGUUGGUUCUCUACUGGUAUAUAGUAGACGGCCUCAAAAUGUAGCAGCUUGAAACAGUGAAGAUGUCCUAUGUCACACAUUAUAUAAGACUCAGGACUUUAGGAGUGGCUUAGCUGGCUGGUUAUGGCUCAGGGUCUCUCAUAAGAUUGUAGUUAAGUAAUUGGCCAGGGCUACAGACAUCUGAAGGCUUGACUGGGUUUGGAGGACCCACUUCCAAGAUGACUCACUCACAAGGCUCUUGGCUGGAGGCCUCAGUUCCUUGCCCUGUGGGCCCCUCCAUGGGCUGUGUGUAUAAUCAAACACACUGCAGUUAACUUCCAGCAGAGCAGGUAUUCCAAGAGGGAGAAAGGCAGAGCUGUGGUACCUUUUAUGACCUGGUUUUCAAAAUUGUACACCGUCACUUCCACCAUUUUUCACUUCCUUAAAAAGGAGUCACUGAGUCCAGCCCAUACACAAGAGGAGGAGAGUUAGGCUUCACCUUGUAAAGGAACUGUUAGAUUUGUGGACCUGUUUGACACCACCACAGACAACAGGGGAGAACUGACAAACGUAGCCUCCUGGGGAAUCGACUGUACAGUCAAGUCCACGUGCAUUUAUCAAAUGCUGCUAUUUGUAAAGAGAGAGUGGGAAAAGCUUCCAGCUUCGCUGUUUAGGGGUAGAGUGACCAUGGAAAAAUCAUUUCACCCUCUGUGCCUCAGUUUAUUUCCUGGUAAAGUGAUGGUUGAAUUAGAUAAUCCCUAAAGUCUCAUAUAUGCACAGAACAGUGCCUGGCCCAUAGUAGAUGUUCAGUAAAUGCUGGUUGAUUGACUCUCAACUGACUGAACUCCAAUGCAAGGGUGUGAAAUAGUACUGUGCUAAAAAUAGCCUGAGAUUGUACUCAAUCUUUAAAGAAAAUCAUUCAUUUUUAGAAGUAUUAUAACAAAAACUAAUUUUUUAAGUGCUUGCUGUAUGUCAGGCAUUGUACUAGGUGCUCUAAAAAGGAUUAUCUUGUUUAAUAUAAUUUUAAAAUAACUAGAGGUAAUGUUUAUAAAAUCUGUUCCAUCUUAAUUGUAAAAGUUUUCACUUCUUACAUUUU